AUGGGUUCUCAAAGUUCAAAAUCAGCAAGAUCUUCCAGUUCGUCUUUACCACAAAUUCAACGUUCUGAUACCACAGCUUCCACAAGUUCAGUCAAAUCUUCACGAUCAAUAUUAUCGUCAAGGCUGGCCAAAUCAUUCCUGAAGAACAAUAAUAAUAAUAGCAAUAAUAAUGAUAACAACAAUAAUGACAACAAUUAUAAUAAUAAAAGACCUUCAUUUUCUAGAAAUGGUACCACAGAUAGUCUUUCAGUACCAAGCAAUUCAAUACAACACGACAUGAAUGGGAAUUCUUCCAAUAAUAACAACAGUAAUAGUUUCCCCAGUUCGCCCGCGAUAAAUCCAUUAAAUGGAACUCAUUCAAUCUCGCGUACAUCUACAAACCAUUCGAUGACACAUUCAAUUAAGUCAACUACAUCACAAAGUUCAAUUCUAAAUAGAUCAUCUUCAUUUUCUCAAGAUCAACAACAGCAACAGCAGCAACAACAACAAUUAGAAGGAAAUCCAACUAUAGAACAUCAUUCAACUUCUACUUCAUUAACUUCUGCAUCUAUAACAAAUAGUUCACAGAUUGAUGUAUGGAUAGAUAAAUUGAUUAAUGCAGCAUAUAGUAAGCGAACCAAGAAUGUUUGUUUGAAAAAUUCCGAAAUUGAAAUUAUUUGCUCAUCAGCAAGAGAAAUUUUCUUGAGUCAACCUUCAUUGUUAGAAUUAUCGCCUCCAGUUAAAGUUGUUGGUGAUGUUCAUGGUCAAUAUUUGGAUUUAAUUCGUAUUUUCUCCAAAUGUGGGUUUCCUCCAAAGACAAAUUAUUUAUUUUUAGGAGAUUAUGUUGAUAGAGGUAAACAAUCAUUAGAAACAAUUCUAUUAUUGUUGUGUUAUAAAAUCAAAUAUCCGGAGAAUUUUUUCUUAUUAAGAGGUAAUCAUGAAUGUGCAAAUGUUACGAGAGUUUAUGGAUUUUAUGAUGAAUGUAAACGAAGAUGCAAUAUUAAAACUUGGAAAUUAUUUAUUGAUACUUUUAAUACUUUGCCAAUUGCUGCUAUUGUUGCUGGUAAAAUUUUCUGUGUUCAUGGUGGAUUAUCUCCAGUAUUGAAUUCAAUGGAUGAAAUUAGAAAUAUAGCUAGACCUACAGAUGUGCCUGAUUUUGGAUUAUUGAAUGAUUUGUUAUGGUCAGAUCCAGCAGAUACAAUAAAUGAAUGGGAAGAUAACGAAAGAGGAGUUUCUUAUGUAUUCUCCAAAGUUGCCAUUAAUAAAUUUCUAAGUAAAUUUAAUUUUGAUUUAGUUUGUCGAGCUCAUAUGGUUGUUGAAGAUGGAUAUGAAUUUUUCAAUGAUAGAACAUUAGUUACAGUAUUUUCAGCACCUAAUUAUUGUGGAGAAUUUGAUAAUUGGGGUGCAGUUAUGGGAGUACUGGAAGAUUUAUUAUGUUCUUUUGAAUUAUUGGAUCCAUUGGAUAGUGUUGCGUUGAAACAAGUGAUGAAAAAAGAAAAACAAGAAAGAAAACUUCAAAAGAGUCUAGAAGGAUAA